AUGCUCUUCCUUCUUCCCUUCAUCCUGGCUGCCGUGCCUGUCGUCGUCGCCCAGCUGCACGACCCGCACACCGCACAGGUCAGCGUCCUCCACCGCAUCAUACACCCGACCCUCCCUGCACCCGCAUUCGACCGUCGGGGCACCCUUGAGCUCGUAGAAGGAAGCUACGUAUAUCACCAGGAUGGCCCAUUCGACUUUGAAGACGCGAUCCUGCCCCAGGACGAUGCUACUCUCUACCAGGUUGCACUUGCCUUCGACAAUUCCUACGAUCCCUACGCGAUAUCGGCUGUAAAAGCAUGCCAUCUCGCUCGUGCGACACAUGACGCUCUUCACCUUGCGCUCACAACGGACGGUUCCGCAUUCGCACUCGAUUACUUCGUGUCACCCACUCCUCACAACGGCGCGUGUCUCGAACAGCCACACCCAUCCUAUCCUGUGGCCCUCAAUACCACAGUACACGCCCGGUCGCCCUCUGUGCCACCACCCCCCGUUCUGCGCGAGCCACCGCCAGUCACUCCUGCGGGCGAACCUGUCCAACCACCGGCCCAAAAGUCUUUCAUCUCCAAGUACUGGCUCUACAUCGUUGUAGCCGUAGUCGCUCUGCUUGUUACUGGACCUGCCGAUGAACCCUCGUCUGGGAGCAAGUAGUCACUAUGAAUUGUAUGCGCUAAUGCUUAUGAGCAUUGAACUAAAUCAAAGCAAGUUGUUUUGAG